UUUGUGCUCUGACCCAUCCGAAUUAUGCAUUCUUUGUUCUAAUUUAGGUCAUUUACAAUUAUGAUACAUUUAUCGUUAUUUUUAAUUAUUCGAUUUAGAAUUGAAUUAUAAAGUAAAAAAUUGCACUUCAAAUACGAGAAUGAAAAUGGAUGGCGAUCAAGGAAAAGAUAGUCCUUCCAAACCAACUGAAAAUAUUAAUACUAAAUCUGCAAAGCCAUUAGGACUAAGUACAACAAUUGCUCUUGAAAUAUUACAACGUGAUGUUAAAAGAGUGUUACAAGAAUAUGAAGAAGAGUACAAAAGAAAUAAAAAAUAUAAAGCUUGGCUAAAGGACACAUUACAUCAUCGUAGUCAAUAUACAACUCUUUGUUGGACUUCAGCAAUUGCACUUUUGAUCAAUGCCAUUAUACUUGUUAUUGCAUUCUUCACAAUCAACGAUACAUGGUAUCCUACACUGCCUUAUGAUGGACUGACUGUUUGUUGUCUAGUAAUGUUAAAUUUUAUUUUAGUCGUAUCUGAUAAUAAAUUACGACAUGAAGAAAUUCCUUAUAGAGUACGAGGUCUUCUUGACCAAUUAGAAGUAGCAAAAAAUACUUGCCAAUGGAAUCCAGAGAAUUAUCCACAUUUAUGCAGUCCAUUGUCUCCUUGCUUAACUUUACAGUGGACUUAUCGCGAUGGUCGCAUAAUUAAUUUACCCUGGGCAUUGUUAGUUGCUAGUGAUAUAAUUGUUAUAAAACCCGGACAACAAGCACCUGGAUAUUGUGUUCCUUAUGAUGAUGCUGAUGCACCAGUAUUACAUGCAAGAGAAGUAUACAGUCCUCAGGUUCACAGUGCUAAUGAAAUAUUUUCAACUCCACAGGCACGAACGCCUUUAAAGAAUAAAAUUUAUAAACUUCAAGAAACACCAUAUUUAAUGAAUCUUAGAAUGGCUCUCGAUCAAGCUUUAGAUAGACCGGUUACAUAUCACAAUCGCAAACGGCAUCUUUUAAUGAUAUGUUGCAUCGAACAAUUGGCUUAUCCAAUUCUUUUGAUUAUCGUUCUAGUUGCUAAUUUAUUUCGAUAUAUGUAUGUGUCAGAAUAUUUCGGUGUCGGUUAUUGGAAUGAAAUGUUUCUGUUACAACCGAUCGCUAUUAGUAUCCCUUUACUUCCGUUAGUAUUUCCGACUUGUUGGAUUUUUUUAAAUUGUUUCGGAAUGGCUCGUUUCAAAGCUCUAUUUAAGCUUUAUCAAUCUUCGAAGAAACUUCAGUUUGUGGAUCCUUUCGAAGAUGCGGAUAUUUCCGGGCCUAGCCAUCCAGAAGUAGUAUACAAUUGGUUGGAAUUAAAAGAAUACUUUUUUGAUAUAUUGUUUGGUAAAGAGCAUAUGAUGUCAAGAUCCGCCAGUAUUCUACAUGUUUUAGGAUCAGUUACGGCAUUGUGUUGCGUGGAUAAAAAAGGGAUCCUUUCGUGGCCUAAUCCAACUGCCGAGAAAGUAUUCUUUUUACGAAAUGCUAAUACUCUAUCUCCAUCUUCAAGUACUGGUAGCUUAGAUAGAAACUCAGAACCUCAGUAUCAGGCAACUGACGACUCCAAACAAGAUUCGAAUAAGACAUCCUAUGUGACUCAUGAUAUGUCUCAUUCAACAGCUGAAGUUUUGGAUCUUACUCAUGACCAUGCUUUACCAUUUCGUCUACAGUUCGAUGACCAUUCUUGGAGACAACAUUUAAACUCAUUAAAACCCCUAGGUUUAGCGAUUCUUCUCAACACAUGUAAUAUGGAUACACAAGAGCAUUACAUGCAGUUUUGUUGUCAUGUCACGUGUGAAGCUCUCUUUAACGAAAAUCUAGUACCAGUAACGAACAGACGCUACCAGGAUCACAGUGUAGAAGAUAAGAGUGGGUAUCAGGCAAAAGAUACAAUGCAAAGUUCAAGACAGGUGUAUUUAGUCGACGAAUCAGGGAGCCUUGGACAUAUGUGGUGUUUAUGCGAAUUAGCCAAGCAGAUAGGUUUUCAAGAUCAGGCACAAAAUAUAUUUCAAUUGGAACAACAGUUGUCCACGUUUAGGCAUGUUCAACCAGAAAUGGUUCGGCGAGAUAUCAAAUUUGCACGAUCUUUGAGUAUCGCGACGAAGUUAAAAUUUCCAUUUCCGCACAUGGUAGCUGUGGUAGUUAGAGAACGCAGUGGUGGAGGUUUGCAAUUACUUACACAGGGUACAGCGGAUAUAAUAUUGGAUUCUUGCAUCGAAUUUUGGGACGGUCAUGAUCUCUGUCCAUUAUCAGCAUCGGAUAGGAAAAAGGUGCAAGAUUUUUAUCAAAGAACGAGCUUAACAUCAUAUUGUACUGCAUUUGCGUAUAGGCCACUAACACGUGGUAUUUGUGAUAAAAUGUCUAAAAUAUAUCUAGAACUUCCUGCAGAUAGUAAACAUUUAUAUGCACCUCAUAGGAGUCCUACUCCUCUACCUUGGGACUUUAGAAAUGUUCUUGACCCUAGAGUGAAAGGUAUACUUGGACAAUUUCACUCGACUGAUUCUUUGUUGUGCAAUGAAAACAAAGAUGAUGUUGUAAAUGAUGUUGAUAGCUGCUUUGAUAUUCAAUGUAAUCAAGUUUUUAUUGGUAUGGUCACUAUGCAGUAUCAAGCACAAACAGAUAUGGUACAAUUAAUUGAACAACUCGACAGAGCUUGUAUCCGAUUUGUUCACUUCAGCAAAGAAAAUGAAUUAAGAUCACGUGUAUUCUCGGAAAAAAUGGGUCUCGAAAGCGGAUGGAAUUGUCACAUAUCGUUGCUCAGUGAAAGAGCUAGGUCCGAGAGUCUAGUGGGUUGGUGGGUGAGCCAGGCAGCAGCCAUGUCCUCACCCACUCCCUCAGCCCAAUCUCAUCAGCAUAAUUACUCCUGCAUGGAUGAGGCCAGCCACUUGCUUAAUCGUGUCUCUCCUCGCACCAAUUUGGAUAAUAGCCGUGCUAUGAGUAUGUCAGCACCAAGUGCUAUAAAUACCGAUUUCUCCACCGUCAAAUUCGAUGAUGAAACCACGGAAUGGAACGACACGGGAACAUCUCAAGUUAAAAGCGCUAUGAGCCACAGGGAACAGGACACAGUGAGAAGCGAAGAUAGCGUGCUUGUACAAAGCGUAGACCUGGGUUCCGGACAAGAAGCAUGGCGAUCUUUGAGUUGUCUCACAGACAGCACGGAGCAAAGCGCUCCUGUAAAUUUUGACUUGUCGAACAGGGCAAAACUACCUCGAGGCAUCGAUAAGAUUCGACCACACAUAGAAUUAAUAGACAAUGUACCCCUUUUGGUAUCUCUGUUCACCGAUUGCAACACCGCUGUUACAAGGGAAAUGUUGCACAUUAUGCAAGAUUAUGGAGAAGUUGUAUGCGUACUUGGCUCCUCUGCUAAUGCAGAAAAUAUGCCCAUCUUCAUGCAAGCAGAUGCAGGAGUGGCGGUAGAACCAUUGUAUCCACAAGUUUGUCAAAGAGUUCCUGUAUUGACACCAACCAAAGACGAUCAAGGUCCAUCUCCAGUUGAUUUAAGCAGAGCAUUGAAUUCCGUUGCUUGCUCUUUAAGCGUGAAACGAGAAGAUCCAAUUGCAAUUUUUCACUUAAUCAUGGAGGUGAAUAAUGUAUUAUAUGAAAUUUUUAAUUAUAACCAUUACCAAUUUGAUUUCAUUUAAAAGAAUUUAUAUAAUAUAUUCAAUUUCCAGUUUUAUUAGUAAAUUCUUGUCGUAGUUAUUAUAAUUAUUGGACAUUGUUUAUUGCAUAUUUAGGCUCGGCAUUAUAUGAUGUGCCUCUGGAAUUGCGUGCAAUUCUGGCUCUGUUGUACAGUUACUCUCUCCUUCACACAAGCUAUGUCCGGUUUCUUAUUACUACCGCCCUUAUUUUCGGUUGAUCAAGUCUUAUGGUUGUGUUGCUUAAUCAUUCCAAUAUUAUCUAUAUCUAUGAUUGCUACACCAAUGGAUCCUACUAUAAUGCAACGUGCAACUGGUAAAAACCAAUGUACUGUAAAUGGCCAGGUAAGGAAGGAUAAUUAUUAUAAUAAUAAUAAAUGGAUUACAUAUGAUUAUUCUAAUUUAUUAGAUUCUUACCAACGUAACUGAAGAAAUGGAAUCUUACGCUUCCUUUCAUUUUAGAAAUAUUGAAAUAUUUAAAAAAUUGACAUUCCAAAUAAUAAAUGCAUGAUCAUCCUUAAUUUAACAAUGGAACAUUAUAUUUAUUAUCGGUACUUUGUAUUUAUAUUUUGCUGAAAAAAUUAUCUCCGUAUAAAGUAAUUAUAAUUUUAACUAGUAAAAUAUUUUAAAAAAUUCCAUGUUAUAUAAAAAUAUAAAUUGUUAGAGAAAACAUUUUUUAGAUUCAAAAAAUUUAGAAAAAUUCUCUUUUGAAUUUUUUAUAAGUACUCUCUUGAUUUUUCAGGUUGCACUGUUUGUUCUUUGGUGUUAUGGCAGUAAAUUUUUGCCGACAGUCAUAACGAUAGUUCUGUCGCAAUGUAUUUCGUUUUUAUCUUUGUGCCCUACUUACACACCAGAUUCUAAAUGCUUGUAUAUAUACCCAGAUACACAAGGAGAAGUUUCAUGGGGUGGUUGGGGUGACAAACCAAACAUUAUUUUAGUGAUACAACAUUUCGCUUUGUCGCUGUUAGUUUUACAUUUGGGUAAAUCUUAUUUACUUUCUAAUCUUUGAUGAAAGAAUCUUUGAUGAAUAUUAUUGAAUCCUUUAAUAUUUUUCUUUCAUACAGUAACGAUAUCCAUAAGCUUUGUACAUAGAGAAUAUUCUAUUUGGAAGAAACAACCCUUUAACAAUUACGUAUGGUUUUUCAGUGCAUUUAUAGCGUGAGUAUAAAAAUUAUAUAAGAUAUAUAUACUUAACUCAAAAAGUACUAAUAUAAAAAAAUACUUUAAUUUUUUAAAUCAUUUUUUAUAAAUCAUAAAUUUUAAUUAUGAUUAAUUAUAAUUGUACGCGUGUGUGUAUAUUAUAUCUAAAAUAUUUCUUCAAUUCGAAUCAAAUUUUUUAGAUUAUGCGCACAAGCUGCAUUCUCAGGAACAGUGUUUUGUAAAUUCUGGAAAGACGAAGGGCAAAGUAUAAAAGACUUUCCUUUACAUCUUCCCCUAUUUUUUUUAGUUUCAUUACCACUAAUCUUUGCCAUUAACGAAUUGAUCAAAUGGCAGGAAAUCAAGUAAGUUUUAUAUAUUAUAUAUUAAAAAUAUAUUUAAUUUAUUAUUCUAAUAUUUACAGGGUAAACGUGAGGUAUCAAAAAAGAGCACGAUUAGAAUUUGGUACAAAACUUGGUAUGAAUUCACCAUUUUAAAAAAAUUUUUCUUCUAAAUAAAAAGGACUAAAUAUAAAUAUAAAUAUAGCCAAAUAAAUAUAUGUAUGUGUAUAUAAGAGAACAAAAAUACUCAAGUUUCGCAUAAUACCAUUACUGUAUUAAGCUAUAUUUCAUGAAAAUCAUUAGAUACUUUUAACUUAUGAAUUAUGAAUUAUUUAUUUUAUAAAUACAUUAAACGUUAUUCAAAUGAUGUAAUUUAAACUAUUAUAAUAAUGUUACAAUUUAAGAUAUAAAUUUAUUCAUAUGGACAUGAAUGUAUAAUAUUUAACAUUUACGAAAAAGUAUUAGAAAUCCUCUAUUUAAAAUGAAGUAUCUCUGGCGAUUUAGUAGCCUUGCGAGAUAAUUAAAAUUAAUAUUCUCGAAAAUCAUGUAGGUUUGAAACGUGUAAUUGUUUUCAUAAUUCGAUAUAAAUUGAUAUAGUAUUUAUAUUUUUGUAUAACAACAAAGGAAUAUUUUAUAUGUUAGAAAUUAAUGUAUCAUGAUGCGACACUCGCAAAUUUAUGCGAUAUAUUGUAUUUAAUUUAAAAUAUUUUAUAGAAAAAAUUUCAGUUCAAAUUACUUUCAUUUAUUAGCAUUUUGAAUUUAUUAUUUAAAUAACAAGAAAUAUAGAAAAAAAAUUGUAGAACAAUGAAAUAUAGCUAUUAUUUAGAUUUAAUAAUCUAAUUAUUAUAGUAAAUAUGUAUUUAUAUUUAUUUUUUUGUUCCUAUAGAAAAUAAUUUAUUUUCUUGUGAUAGAAUACAGAAUACUUUUUCCUUUGGAGUGUCUGUUUUGCAUGACUAGAGUUAUAUUAUUUGCAAGCAUUAUUUUGUGUGAAUGUUUUAAAGAAAUUAUUUUGUGAUCUAUUAUAACUCGCAGUUAGUAAUAAUAUAUAAAAAAAUUCGAAAUUAAUAUUUAAGAUUGAAGACCACUGUAGUAUAUGAAAUUUUAAUAGAGAUUUAUUCUAAAAAAAAAAUCUAUUUCUCAAUGGAAAUAAAUUUUAUAUUAUUAUUUUAUUUCAUAUCUGGAAGAUAUACAUAUAAUUUCAAUUUAAACGUGUACAGUUCAUUUAAGUGUUCAAAUCUAAGCUCCAUUAAAUUGAUAAAUAAUUUUGACUAUAAAAAAAAAAGAAAAAAUUUUUACAAAAUUAAUAUUUAUUUUAUGCAUAUUAAUAGAAAUUUUUGUAUAGUUGAAUUUAUUAUAAACAUAAUUGAAAAGUUCAGUUAAAAUACAAUAAUUGUAAUAUAAUUAGAAAUUAAAAUAAAUUUUUUUCUUUUACAUUUAAUAUUUUUUAUUUCCUAUAAAAAUUUUUUAAUAUUAAAAAAAGGUAUUUUUUCAUCAAUUAAUUUAAAAUUUGAUUAAUAUUGAACAAUAAAAUUUAUAAAAUUUUAAAUAAAGAAAUCGAUAAAAAAUAUAAAAUCACAAUUUAUUUAUGAUUUUUUGUAAAGUGGUCAAAAUUAGCACGAUAAAUACGAGAACACAUAUAAUAGUGAAAUAUGUAGCUUCAUAUAAUAAUUUCGGCGAGAAUACUGACCAUACGAACAAAUGAUGGCGUUGAAUACUAAUUAUAAUUGUAUAUAGAGUCAUCGGUAUUAAUCUCCACAUUAUGUAUAUUUUAUUAAUUUGUGUAACUAUUUCAUAAAUACUAAAAAUAUAUGUAUAACUUUAACAUAUCUUAAUAUAAAUCUUUCGAAAAUUAAUUUAAAACUUCGAAAUACUCACUUAUAUGGAUGUUCCAAGAUCGAAUAAUAAAUAAAUAAAAAAUAGGCCAAAACCGGAGAUGAAUAAGUAUUAAUUAACAAUAAUGAACCAUUAAUAAAUGGAAUAUACGAUUGUACACCAACGUAACCUGCAGCUACAUCAAUAGUUGCUAAACUAUUGGAAUUUCCCUGUAGAAAAUUACUUUUUCAUUUCAAAUUUGUUUUAAUUACAGCAAUUAUUUGAUGCAGUUAUUAGAUUAUUACCUGAUAAAAAUAAAAUACAUUGCCAAUCCAGAUAUAUAAGAUCACACCAACAUCUUGAGAAAUAUCGUUUUUAAUUAUUUCAGAAAUUAUAUUGCUAAAUAUUAUUUGAAAUGGUAAAAGUAUCACAUUGUGCGGCUUAUGAAGCAUUGCUGAGAUCAUAAUCCAUGUUUUUAGAAUAAAAUACAAAGAAAUUUUUAAAAAGAGUUUGGCAUUAUGUUUUUUUAUUUGGAUCAUAUUAUAAAUGUAUGUUGAAAAAUUUAUCAAGAGUAAAAACCAAAAAAUUUGUACUUCGUAUAUUCCACUACAACCAAUAAUUGUAUUUAUAAGUAUAUGUACAAAUUUUUAAUGUGAGGAAUAGCCUUACCUAGUUUGGGGAUAAAACACUAUUUUGGCAACAUUACCGUUAUGCAUAUGACGAAGAUAAAUACAUAUACUAACUAUUGAAUUAUAUGCUAAUGUUUGUAUUUUAUGUGUUUUACUUUCAUGACUAAAAUCAAUCCACAUCAAAAGUAUAAGACCUGAAGAAAAAAUAAUUUUCAGAAUAUAUUCUCUGAUUUUAAUAUACAAUUUAAAUAACAAUUUUUUACAAUAAUUUAAUUACCAGUAACAAGUACAAUUGUCAUGCUCAAUAUGUUUUCUUGUUUUAAUAAAAAUCCUGCUAUAUCAGGAAGAUGAGCAUA